GGGAAAAUGAGACCAUGCUGUCAUCCCAGGUGCAUAUCUUCCAAGUUAAAGCGACCGUCAACAUGGUCAAGGAUGAGUGUGCCGUGCUCGGGCGAGAGUAAACAAGCACAUAUGACAAGAUUCUAGCACAACAGUGGGAUGAAUACUGCUGGCCUAGCCAUCUUGGUUAGAAUGGGCAAUUGUUUGUGUACUAAGGAAACGGUAAAAGUCAACGGACGGCAGUAUUACAUCAGGGAACGGCUUGGAGAAGGAGGGUUUAGUACAGUGGAUUUGGUAGAAGAAUCAUCAUCACAUAAGCUCUACGCUCUGAAGCGCAUUACAUGUCAUGCACAGUCUGAUCAGAAGGUGGCCUUGGCAGAAGUGGAGUACCAUAAAGCCCUGUCUCAUCCCAAUAUUGUGGAAUGCAUAGACGCAGACCUAGUGGGUAUGCCAGAUUUAAUGGGAAACCGUACGUCGCAAGUGCUUAUUAUCCUUCCAUACUGCCAGCGUGGAACCCUACAUGAUGAACUGAUGCGAAGGCAACAAGCAGGUUCACACUUAGAUGAGGUUGUCAUAUUAUCCAUGUUCCGGCAAAUAUGUGAGGCUGCCCAGUGUAUGCAUUCUGCCACGCCUCACCCCUUGGCUCAUCGAGACAUAAAGACUGCCAACAUUCUCCUGAAGGAUGACCUCACACCUCUGCUUAUGGAUUUAGGGUCUGUGGCCAAAGCAAGAGUGGAAAUUAAUGGUAGCUCAGAGGCACGAAAGCUGCAGGAUGAAGCUGCGGAGAGAAGUUCCAUGCCCUACAGGCCUCCAGAAUUGUAUAACGUCGAAUCGUUUUGUCAUAUAGACGAACGUACUGAUGUUUGGUCAUUAGGGUGUUUGCUGUAUGCAUUAUGCUUCUUCAAAUCUCCAUUUGACGCAGUAUAUGAGAGAGGGGACAGUGUAGCCUUAGCAGUGGUUAGUGGAACCUUCAAAUUCCCUGAGACUCACCCCUUCUCACAGGAUCUUCUGGAGCUGAUCGAGAGUAUUUUAAAAGUUAAUCCAGAGGAACGCCCAUAUGUAGACUGGAUAAUAAAUACAGUGGACCAACUCAACAAGUCUUCAGGGGCUGUCUAGUCAGAAAUCUAUAAAGUGUUAACGGAACGACAGACGUUAUCUAUUUUUAGUACAUUUGACCAUUCCCCAAGGCAGUGCAGUGUCUUUUUAACUAAGAGUUUAGGCACUUUAUAAAAAAAAUGUAAAUAUCGUAAUAAUGAUUUUUAUAUAAUUUUAGCAUUUUAUAAUAAAUGCUCCAAAGUAAUGAAUGCCAUUGGGUAAUAUUCUUCACUUUCAGCUAAAAUGCCUGUAUUGUUAGUAGUUCAUGGCAACACAGUGAAAGUUGCACAGCCGUUGUUAUGCAGUCACUUUGAAUCAGGUUGAACAGCUUAAUUCAAGAAUUUAAUACAUGCAGUGUCUUAAUUCAAGUAGCAAGUUCAGUAUACAGAAAGAUUUAAGGAAUGACAGUUUUAUCACAGAUUAAUAUAAUGCAGUAGACACUAUACAAUGUUAUAGAGCAGUACUCCUCCUUAAACCACAGUACUGUAUAUAAUUACUUUAACCGUGUUCAUUAGGUCACAUUCCAUAAUUUGUUUAGGUGCCUAUUUUCUGAUUUUCAUUCUUUAUACCGUACUUUAUUUUUUUAAUUCUUAUAUUUCACAGUGUAGGCAUUGCUGCUCUUUUCACAUAUGUAAAAGUCAAAUCAGUAUUCAAAAUAUUUAAUUAGCUAUCGUAAGUGUUGGUGAUGGGUGUUAUCUCAUGGUAUUGGACAGAUUAAUAGUUUUUAAUAACAAAAAUCAAAGAUGCAUACAAAUUUCUACAUACAGAACAUAGUAAUAUAUAUACUUUUAAAGUUUAAUAUUUCAUCUAUUUAACCUUUUCAGUGCUGAUAAAGAGAGCACACACACAUGCACAUCCCAGUACAGUUACCUUCAAAUUUACCAGAAUUAUAUAAACAUAUGACUACAAAAUUAUUUUUAAUGUGCAGUAAAUCAAAAAGUAUUACGGUCAAAUACCUUCACAAUUCUAUAUUGUGGUUUAGCAAUGUUUAGUUAUCGCCUGACACUGGCUGGGUAUUUUCCAUUUUUGUUCAUUUUUAUUCAUAAUUCCAGUACAAUUUAUUUUACAUUUUCCAUUCCAUGUUAUUUCUUACUAAAUUAUUAUCAUAUAUUUUUACAUUUAUGAUAAUUAAUAUAUUUGUAUUAUAGGCAGGAAUUUGUUCCAUACAUUUAGUGAACCUUGUGUAUGUUCUAUUCUCCUCAUGUGAGGAGAAACCAGAGUUCAAAGCUAGCCAAGCUCCUGUGUCUCCUAAUCAAGUCCACUACCAGCUCACCAUAGCCCAUGCUGCUUGGAACUUUCGUUCCACGUAGCCGAGUCUAAAAUUACAAUGUGUCUCCUAGAAUGUUAGAAUUUGAGGUACUGUACUGUAAUACAACAAGCUCCUGGCUGUGGUGGUCACUCAAUUGAUUCCUUUGGUAAGAUCCACUGUGCUCGUAGGACAGAACCAUGAACAGUUACUGCAGAUUUAUGUCCUGACUCUGACACUUCAGGAAACCUUUCAACCAUCCCUGCAGGAUCAUACUUGGUGCUGUGGAAACACUGGAGAACAUUCAAUCCAGCCCAGAAUAACUUUGGCAUCACAAGGGACCACCAAUGAAGUUUUUGUUAACUGCGUGGGGCCAACUAGUUGUUAACUCCGGUUGUCAAUAAGUGGAAUGGGUUAAAUGAAAUAAUGAUUGAAGCUAAUUCAUUGCAUAAUUAUAAAGGGUCAGAGCAAACAAAUACAGUACAUCUUUCGGCUAAAAUCCAAAGGGCAGUAGAUUGUUAUAUAGAUUUAAAUGAUCAAAGCUUCCCCACCACACACUAUAUACUGUAUAUAUACUGCAUAUAUGUAUAUAUACAUACAGUAUAUGCAUAUACAUAUAUGUACACACAAGAAGGUUCAAUCAUUUGUGAAAGUAUACUUGUCUGAGAUUUCUUGCAAAACAUUCCAAAGCCUUGAAGCUAACUCAGAAUUUGCAGUGAAUUUUAAAUUACGAGGUGAAACAGUCACACAUGAGCAAAAAAUAACUGUAGGGACAAGUAUACAUGGAUAGAAUUUGGAUUCACAUACAGUAAUUACUAUAUACUCUACUGUAUAGUGGUGGUAAUAAGAAAUUAUAUUAAUAUGUAAAGCAUGCACAUCAGAAAUCACAAUAGUGUGAUGCAUCAAAUGAACAAUUCGGGAUAUCAUCCCUCCGUGAAGAGGGAUUCGAACCCUCAUCACGGCCCUUGUGAAUUUGUUCAUAUAAAGCAUGGGUUGGCGAUCUGGGUCUUCUUCUGGACUGGAUUAAAUAUUCGCGUGUCUUCACAGCACCAAUAGGACACUAUAGGAAUAUUUGAUAGGUUUUCCCGUGUUGCCAGUGCCAGUAUGUCAACCUACACUCACUGUUCAUGAUCCUGUCCUGUGGACACAAUCAAUUUUACCUUGGGAAGCAUCUGAGUGGAAUUCUCUAGCUCUCAAUUCCCUCACUCCUGACAGCCCUUGGCUAGAUCAAAAUGCAAAUAUUAAAAAAUAAUCUGAAAUGUAUUUCAAUUUGUAAUUAUAGUUCAGUGGCAAUUUCUUGUAUGAGUAGCCUUUGUCAUGAUGCAUGUGAUCUUAACAAUUACUGCUGUAUUGUCAGAUAAAAAGGAGAAUUACUUCAAUUGAAGGGAAUAAUUGCAACAUAUUAAGAUGUUCCUGGCGUGAAAUCUUACGAGUUUGAUUCAAAUUAUGGCAGGUUUGUCCCGCACACUUGCUCUUUUUAUCACAGAGACAAUCUCUGUCUCUCCUGUAAGAUUAUGGAACUGAAAAGGCUAAAAGAUGGAAAAACCAAUUCUUGAAAUUUUAUUUUAUUUAAUUUUAUUUAUAUAUGUACAAGAAGGUACACUGGGUUUAUGAGAGUACAUAACAUUGAUGUUUUUACAUUCUUGUAAAGCCACUAACAUGCAUAGCUUUAAUUGCUUAAUUAUGCUUAAUUUAGAAAUGCUUAAUUUAAUUGUGAAAAGCUGUAAUAAAAGGGCGGCUUUGGUGAAUGAUUUAGUUAAACCUUUCGGACGAAGCUUUUUCUGUUGAAUACUGCACCGUAACUAUUUUCUUAAGGUAUUAUGUAACAUUAGUGUCAGUUCUGUAGUCAUAUUUACAAAGAGUACUGAUGAGGAUCUCAGGUUUACUAAUAAUCUCAUUUGUGCACAGCUUUGAAAAGCAAACUUUUUAACAAAGACAAUACAGUACAGUAUAGCAUUUUUAAACACCAAAUACUGUAUAUAGUAUAUACAAAUUUGUGAUCUUGUAUGUAUUAGGUAUUGAAAUAAAUGUUAUUUACAUAUAAUGUUCGAAGCGAACAUGAUUUUAAUGUGGCUGAAAUAGACACUUGACUCACACUUUAGAAGCCGGGAAAGUAGUGACAUUUUAUAACUCUGCUGUUACUGUUGUAUGGGUUUAGUAUGUAUAUAAUAUGUAUUCUGAAAUUCAACCUUACAACUUUUCACAAGCCCAGCAGGAUCUUGUUUUAACAAAAUUGUAUAAGAAAGAAAACUAUUAUAUAAAACCUGCAUAUCAUAGACAUGUUAGGAAAAUUAUGUUGUCAAACAUUUUUCAUAUUUAAUCAACUAUUGUUUGAGCUCUUAUUCUGCCACCUUCAAAUGUUGUACGCUGCAUGCCUUAACAGCUCCCAUGACAUGCAGCUAGGCAAUUGGCAUAGGACACCCGUGCCACAGAGGCAACAGCAUGCCUACAGAAUUGGUGCCCGAGUGUCUCCAGAGCAGUCAUCCGAUCAAACUAGACUAAUACUGAGAAUGUAAAUCUCUCAGCCCUUGUACCAAAUUGUAUGAAUAAAGGAAGUACAGGACCAAGGGUCCUGUAACUAUGAUAAACCGCUGGCCAAGUUAAGGCCCCAACCAAUGCUUCAUUGGUUGUAGAAUGAAGCCUUGCUUCAUUCUACUGUAACUAUGAUAAACCGCUGGCCAAGUUCAGGCCCCAACCAAUCCCUGGCCUUGCUUCAUUUUACAGUAAGCCAAAUCACCUCCCUUGGUACUUAUUGUCCACUGCUAGAGUUAAUAUUGCACUUCUUUGGUGUUGUUAUAGUUUACCUGUUGUCAGUUUUAGAAGUCAUUCAAUUCAAUUCUGGUGAUAACUUGAGUCUGUAAUGCUGUUCUUUGCAGCAGCCUGCAAGCCCAUGUGGCUAUAACAACCUAGCUGAUCUAGUAUUUCAUGCAGGAACUUCUUCGGUUGUCUCUUAAAAACAUCCAUUUUUGUUCUGGCAAUAUUUUAUAUAUAUAUUUGGUUGAAGGUUGGAAAAGCCAUGGGAUUCUGAUGUUAUACUGUGUUCUGAUUGUGUCUGAGGCAUCUGUACUUCUAAUGUCUAGUCUAAAUUUCCAACCUUUGCUCCAGUAAGUUGUUAUAUUUGCCGUCACAGGAUGAACAUGCGGUGCACAAUAAACUAGCUGCUGCUGGCAGCAACAAUUAACUAUAAGAAUGUUUACUGGAAUAUAUUGUACAUUGUUACCAUGAUUAUCCAAACUGAUUGGUGCCUCUGAAUGUUCAGAUACUGGAUAAUUGAAUAAAAGAUUGUGAAACUAUUUUUUUUAAGUCACAUUAUAAUAAUAAUAUAUA